AUGGAGGGAGAAUUACGAGAUGCAGAAGCAAAUAAACAGGGCGGGAAACGAAGCGAUUUCGUGCAAGAGUUGAAGAGUGUUUGUUGCAUAGCAGCUCCAAUGGUUGCUGUAUCAGUUCUGCAGUAUCUAAUACAAUUUGUAUCAGUGGUGAUGGUGGGCCACCUCGGCCAGCUCACACUGUCCAGCGUGGCAAUUGCUACUUCUCUCACCAAUGUCACCGGCUUCAGUCUCCUUUCAGGGCUUGUUGGUGGCUUGGAAACUCUAUGCGGGCAAGUGUACGGAGCGAAGCAGUAUCAUAAGCUCGGUAUUUAUACGUAUAGUGCCGUAUUUUCGCUGCUUCUUGUAUGUAUUCCAGUUUGCGUAACGUGGUUUUUCAUGGAGAAACUACUCGUGUUGAUCGGACAAGACCCUUUGGUCUCUUUCGAAGCGCAAAAGUACGCUCUUAAGUUAAUUCCUGCGUUAUUCGGUGCGGCGAUUUCGAAGCCACUUGUGAGAUUCUUGCAGACACAGAGCUUGACUUUUCCGAUGUUAAUAAGCUCGUUAGUCGUUUUAUGUUUCCAUGUUCCGAUGAGUUGGGCUCUCGUGUAUCGGUUGAAUCUCGGAAGUGGUGGUGCAGCUAUAGCUAUAUGCGUAUCGAAUUGGUUGUAUGUACUUGUGCUUGCGCUGUAUAUAAGAUUCUCUGCUUCUUGCAAGAAUUCGAGGUUGGCUUUUUCGGUUGAAUCGUUUUUUGCUAUGGGGGAGUUUUUUCGAUUGGCUGUUCCUUCUGCUGUGAUGGUUUGCUUGAAAUGGUGGUCACUUGAAGUACUUGUCUUGGUAUCUGGUCUUCUACCUAAUCCACAGCUUGAAACAUCAGUGCUGUCAAUUUGCCUGACAAUUUCGACGUUGCACUUCACCAUUCCGUACGGGCUAGGAGCUGCGGCGAGCACAAGGGUUUCGAACGAAUUAGGGGCGGGAAAUCCAGACAAGGCUCGUGUGGCGGUUUGGGCUGUCAUGUUUCUUGCCGUAACCGAAACUAUUACAAUAAGCAUACUUCUCUUUUGCUUCCGCCACAUUACGGGCCGGGCUUUUAGUAACGAAAAGCAAGUGGUGAAGUACAUUGCACUAAUGACUCCUCUUAUUUGUGUCUCCACAAUCACAGAUAGCCUACAAGCUGUAAUUUCUGGAAUUGCAAGAGGGAGUGGGUGGCAACACAUUGGUGCUUAUGUGAACUUAGGCGCAUUUUAUCUAGUUGGAAUUCCGAUAGCAUUAGUUCUCGGAUUCAUCGAGGAAUUAAAAGCAAAGGGAUUUUGGAUUGGAAUAGUGAUUGGAUCCGCGUUACAAUCGACUGUUCUUUCGAUUAUAACAGGCUUCACCGAUUGGCAAAAACAGGUCAAAUUAAUUUAUUUUUUUUAACUUAUGUGUCGUCACUUGUUAAGGAUGCUACAAACAACAUCAUACG